AUGCGAUCCUUUAUAAAGGCCCAUAAGAAGUCUACCUCGUUUGAUGAAAGUCCCAAGCGACAUAGCAACUUCAGUAGCAAUACUAAUAAUAGCUCCCAAAGGUCAAGUAAUGACUCCUUGGAUUUUCUGCCAUCCACUCCAUCACAAAUGAAUUAUGAUAACAUUCCACCAGCCGCAAAACACUCACCUGGAUUUGAAUCUUUUCAUCGUUUGGCUAACAAGACUUCGAAGUUGUUUAAGAAAACUUCAAACUCGAAUUUAAACUCCCAUUUGGCUUCAAAUUCAAGCACAAGCUCAAACCAGACGACUUCUAGCUCGUUUGUUCUCCAAAAUCCACCCACAAAAAAUUCUGUACCACCACCGCAGCUACCACCGCCGCUAUUACCUACCUCUUCUACUUCUUCUUUUUCACGUCAUGACAAUGACAAUGAAUCUACUGCAUACAAAAAAACUUCUCCCACAAGAGAUAUUAAUAAAGGCACGGAAUCUCUGCCUGCUAUCAAGGGCACAAUUACUCAUUCAUGGGGAGAUUCCAAGGUUGAAUCGCAUGUAAUAAUAUUGAACGAUCCCGCUUCCCCAGCAUCGAACGCUUCUGAAGCGACUUCUUCUAAGCAAUUCAAAAACUCAAUGGUUGGGAAUGAAAACCCAACAUCAUUCACAUCUCCAUCUAAUCUGGAACCUGCUAUAAGGAUACUGAACAAGAACAAGGGUAGACAACAAGAAAAUGAUGAAGAUACUGAGGAUGGGCUUUCAAAGAAGGAACAUCAUGUCUAUAAAGCACUGGCGCUCGCUAAAAAUAGAAAUAGACAAGCAAGAAUCCAUUCUCAUGAUGAUAUAAUAAAUUUGGGAAAGGCUUCCCAAAUGGAUAUGAGUCUACUAGCGGCUGCGUUUUCCGGAAAUUCGACCACUACCAUCAAUAACGACCAAUCUUCCAACGAACAAACUGAUGAAAAAAUACUGGAUAUUGAAAGAGUUACCACUACUUCUACUUUAACUUCUUCUGAAACCACAUCACCAGUAAACAAGUCUCCUUGCUUUUAUGGUCAAACACUCACCCUCUCGCCCAAGAUACGGCAAGGCGAUUUGUUGUCAUUACCUUCAAAAGGGAAUAAAAACGAAGACCAAAAUGAGACCUCAGACAAGAAAAAAGCAAGAAUUAGUCUAAACAGGAAAGAAGAGAAGAAAAUAUAUUCGCUCAAUAAUAAUUCUGAUGAAUAUCCUGUCGAUGAAGACGAACCCAAUAAAGUCAGCGAUUAUAAUGACGAGACCUCUGAAAAAGACGACGAUGAUGAUGACGAUGACGAUGAUGAUGAUGAUGAUGAAUCAGAAUUUUCGUUCGAGUAUGCCGGUAUAAACGUACGGACAUCAUCUGUCAAAUAUUAUUCCAAGCCGGAACCAGUGGCUAAUGUAUAUAUAGACGAUCUAUAUGAAGAUGAAAACUUUGAUGACGAUAUGAAUUGCAUAGAAGAUGAUGGGAGCGAUACUGAAGGAAACGAGAUACACUGUUUAUCGACUGGAUUCGAAGAAACAUCCUUGAAAAGCAGCAAAGUCAAAAAGUACAAUGAUCUUUUUGACUUGAGCGAUGAUGAUGAUGAGGAUGGUGGUGAUGAUGAUGAUAAUGAUGGUGAUGAUGACGGUAAUAAUGAUAAUGACAGUGAUUAUCAGGAACAAUCUCAAAGCGUAAAAGAAAGUUAUCAUGGUAAUCAUGACGAACAUUAUGAUAAUGCCGUUGUUGGAGAGACGCUUGAGAAUGUCAAGAAGCCUAUCCAGAAAUAUAACGACCUUUUUGAUUUGUCUGAUGAGGAUGAGGACGAGGAUGAGGACAAAGAGACGUCCGAACAAGAGUCGUAUAUGUUUUCAGAUGAAGCUCCCAGUAUAGACAGUGGACUAACAUUGAAUACAAAAUUAACGCCGGGAAUCUACAGCCAAUCUAACAAAAAUAUAAUACAUGACGUAAAAACAAACUACCCUUUUUCUCUAAGAAAGAAUAGUUCAAAAAAUGAAACCGAGAAUAUUUCUGCGAUGAAGGCUUCCCUUACACUUACUAAUAUCAGGCCAACCGUAACGUCAUUUUCAGAUAUAUUUAAUGUUGAUGAUAGUGCAAGUGACACUGAAAGUGAUUCUGGAACGAACAGAAAUUCCAACAGUCUGAUAUCUAGUAAUUCAGAAAAGCACUCCUCCCUGAAGAUUUCUUUGUAUGAAAACAAACCAGAACCAUAUCCCUCCAAUCACUCUCAUUCGCAGCUUCCUCAAACGCCCGCUAAGAUUGUGAUAACUCCAAGCGGCUCUGGUGUGUGUUCACAAGCCUGUGCAAUCGCCGAUGAUGGUGAUGGUGAAGACGAUGAUGAUGACACUAGUAGCAUACUAAGAACUCCAUUUCAACUUCUUGAUUCGUCUCAUUCAAAUCAGCUUAAUUAUGAGAGCCCACAGUAUCCUGUCGUGAUCAACAGUCCACCACUUCCGCCGCCAGCUAGGUCUCAAUCGCUAAAAUAUCAUGACUUAAAUUGCGAUUUGGAUUCAGAAGUCCCCAGACCAAUGAGUAACCUCUUUUUUAUUGAUGAAGCUGAGGAAGACGAAUACAAUCAGAAGAGUAAAUAUUUGGAUUAUGACUACUACGACAUCGAUGAAAUCAAUGGCAUCCCAGAGGAUUUUAAUUUCUCCGAUUCUGAAAAAGACGACCUUAAUUCUCGUACGCUGAAAUCGCCUUUGCGGCGGGGCUCCAAAAAUAGAGAGGCCUCACCCUUUUCAUCUGUGUCAUCUUCUUUUAGAAGUACACACAGUUUUAAUGGGAAAUUAACGAUCAACCAAGGAGCUAAAGAAUUAGCUCCCAUGAAAAAUAAGAUAGAGCUUACGAAUAAGACGGUCACCUUUUUUAACAGUAAUAAUUGGAAUACCCAUGACUGCAACUCACUCUCUCGGAAAUCUUCAUCCCAAAUGAGAGACAUUAAAUAUCAAAUGCAUAAUGUUAAUCAAAAUUCAGAACUUUCAAGUCUUCGUUCACCACAACAUCAAAUUUCAAAUGGUUUAGAUGAAAAAUGCAAUGACAACUUCAUAAUCUCUCCAAAUUUAGCGAAAACUGUCACCCCAACUAAUUCGUUCAAUAAACCUACACCGGAGUUUUCAACCGACUACUCGUUGAGCCCUAUUCAGGAGACACCAUCUUCUGUCCAGAGCUCACCGAGGAGGACAUAG